AUAAAAGUCGAUAUGCAUUCAAUAUAUUUACUAUCCAAAUAGUCGCAACGCAACAUCGUUUAUCUGUCUAGUUGGAUACUUCUAGCAUUCAAGAUGGCUAAACCCACCUUUAUCUUCGCUCCAGGCGCCUGGUAUCCUUCCACAGCGUUCGACCCCGCCAUUGAAAAGUUGCCAGGCUAUCGUUGUCACACUGUUGCCUUUCCAUCCAUACAACAGGCAACCACCGUUCAAGAUCUCCAUCCAGACAUCAACGCUGUCCGGAGUCUCGUGCAGCAAGAGGCUGACGAGGGCCACGAUAUCAUCGUGGUCUCACACAGCUGGUCCGGCCUUCCUGUGAACAGUGCACUGGACGGACUGGGCAAAGCGGAGCGUGAAGCAGCUGGCAGGUCCGGCGGAGUGAUCAAGCUCGUUUUCCUUGCAGCCUUUCUUCCUGAAGUCGGUCAAAGUCUGCUGGGAGCUUUUGGUGGACAAGCUCCAGAAUGGUAUAUCCACGAUGAAAUUACCAACACCAUCACCGUGAGAGACCCCGUCCAGGUGUUAUUCCAUGACGUUCCGGACGGUGGAUCAUGGGCGCAGUCUUUACGGCCUCAUGCUUAUGUUACUCACACAACACCCGCGACCAAUGCAGCUUACUUGCACAUCCCAUGCAGCUAUCUGCUCUGCGAGGAAGAUCGAGCUAUUCCGUUUUUUGUGCAAGAAAUGAUGGUAGAGAGUGCCCGGGUCAAGGGCGCUCAGCUUGAAACCGAAAAGGUCAAGACGGCUCAUACGCCGUGGUUGGCAAACCCGGACAUGGUAGCUGCAUAUCUGAGGCGACAAGCAGGGGAGGCAGCCUGAGCGGGAGGGAGGCUGGUGUAUAGGCCCAGCCACGGAGGGGAAACCGGC